UCCCGCACUCCACCGGCUCCCGUCCCGCACUCGUCGGCCCCAGCGCUCCUCGGGGCCGCGGCUCGGAUUCGUCUCGGGGCUCUCCCGCCGCUUUCCCUGCUCUGAUUUCGGCUGUACUUCGCGCGGGGACGCGCCCUAACCCACCGCCGCCAUGGAGGCCAUCAAGAAGAAGAUGCAGAUGCUGAAACUGGACAAGGAGAAUGCCAUGGACAGAGCCGAGCAAGCCGAAGCGGACAAGAAGGCAGCGGAAGAGAGGAGCAAGCAGCUAGAGGAUGACAUUGUGCAAUUGGAAAAGCAAUUGCGCGUGACGGAGGAUUCGAGGGACCAAGUGCUGGAAGAGCUGCACAAGUCUGAGGACAGCCUCCUCUCCGCAGAGGAGAAUGCUGCCAAGCUGGAGGACGAGCUGGUGGCUCUGCAAAAGAAGCUGAAGGGCACUGAGGAUGAGCUGGACAAAUACUCCGAGUCCCUUAAAGAUGCACAGGAAAAGUUGGAACUGGCUGACAAAAAGGCCACAGAUGCUGAGAGUGAAGUAGCUUCCCUGAACAGACGCAUCCAACUGGUUGAGGAAGAGUUGGAUCGGGCUCAGGAGCGCUUGGCCACUGCCCUGCAGAAGCUGGAAGAGGCUGAGAAGGCUGCAGAUGAGAGUGAAAGAGGCAUGAAGGUCAUUGAAAACAGAGCCCUGAAGGAUGAAGAGAAAAUGGAAAUCCAGGAAAUGCAGCUGAAGGAAGCCAAGCACAUCGCUGAAGAGGCUGACCGCAAAUAUGAAGAGGUGGCUCGUAAGCUUGUGAUCAUUGAGGGUGACCUGGAGCGGGCUGAGGAACGUGCUGAACUAUCAGAAAGCAAAUGUGCUGAGCUGGAGGAGGAGCUGAAGAAUGUCACCAACAAUCUCAAGUCUCUUGAGGCUCAGGCUGAGAAGUACUCGCAGAAAGAAGACAAAUACGAAGAGGAGAUUAAAGUUCUAACUGACAAACUGAAGGAGGCUGAGACCCGUGCUGAGUUUGCUGAGAGCUCCGUAGCCAAGCUGGAGAAGAGCAUUGAUGAUCUAGAAGAGAAAGUGGCGCAUGCCAAAGAAGAAAACCUUAAUAUGCAUCAGAUGCUGGAUCAAACUUUACUGGAGUUAAACAACAUGUGAAAACCUUCUUAGCAGCAACCACAUUGUUAUUAUUUUUACACCUGCUUGCCGUGAAGCCCCAUAAACAUGUCUUUAUUUUAGUUUCACCACAGUCACAACAACAUCAGCUAAAUUAUCAGGCAGGGGUCAGGGAAGUACCAAAAAGGGCAAGCUGUAUGCGGGUUAAGCUAUUACAUUAUGGUUUAAAUGUGCCAUUUCCCAACAAAAUGUUACCUACACUUUGUAGAGAGUUCAGAGAUUGGAAUGCUUAGUCUUUGGAAGAAUCCUGGCUCUGUCAGGUAGCGUCCCACCUCAAGUGCCAACCACAGUUUUGAACAAGCAUGAUACAUCCUCAAAAAAGAUCCAGCAUAAAGGGUGCUAUUUGGAUCCAAAAGCUCUGUAGGGGCUUUUAUUUGAUACCCAAUGAGUCAGGACUUGUUGAGCACAGUAAUUUAUUUUUAUCAGCAUUUUACUGAUCUGUGAGGAUUUGGACUUCGUGCCUUCGAUUUCAAUAGAACGAAGGCUGUGUGGUCAACACAGUAAAACAAAGGCUUAUGAAGGUUUUAAAUUGUAAACUUGCAACUCGUUACAUAAGUGUAGGUCAACAUUUCAGCUUGAGUAUUCCUUCAAUUGUAUUUUUCAUGUUCAAAUGAAAGAUUCAAUAAAUUCAGGAGAAAACACAAAUUUGGAAGAGAUUGUUUAAAAUGUAUUUUAUUUGUGUGGAGCUUGGGGAGGGGGUGGAACUUACAAAUCGAUAUUCGCCUCACUUUAUUUUUCACACUUUCUUUUGAGCAGUUUUAAAAGUAUACCUGUAUGUAAACAUUGUAUAAUGAUAUGGAAUAAAAUGCACAUUUUAGGACAUUUUUUAAA